AUAGUCGGCCGACAGGCCUCAUUGUCAUUCCUUCUCUCUCUCUCUCGCGUUGUCGGUGCGCGUAUAUCGGUACGUCGUCGAGUUGUACGAUUGUCGCGCAGUGCGUGCUGUGUCGAAAGCAUAUACUCUCGAUUUUGUUUUUUUUUUUUUUUCGUUUCCUUCUCGUUAUCGAGGGCGCUUAACGUUGGCGCGCGCGUGACCAGGUAUCCGGUCGCUACUAACGCGCCCGAAAACGUCGACGCUCGCGAAAACGCGCGACGGGAAAGGGAGAAAGAAAAAGAGAGAGAGGCACCGUCUCGUCGUCUCUCCAAUCAGUUCUCCGCGGAGGUUAUAUAAUUUCCUCGAAUCGUUCUCCUUCGCAUCUGUGGUAUAAUCGCACCGUAACAUAUCGCGCAAAGUCAACAUCGGGGUGAUCACGCGCGCGCGAGAUAUAAUCUCUCGUUUCCACUCGUCUCUCUUUUCUUCCGCGCUCUCUCGACACACCCGAUACAUAGGUGGACUCGCUGCUACAUGCGACCGCGUGUUGUGUCACUGUGCGCCGACGAAGGGGCGGACGGUACCGUCAUCGCCGAUAGACAGUAGUAGAGACGCGCCGAUAAACAUGUGCCCGAUCUGACGUAUCCUCGUCACCGUCCGCGUAUCCAUCCCGCCCAGCGCAAACGAUCACGGAGCAAGGCGUUUAAACGGCGACGGCGGAGAUGUCCUCGUUGAUGGCGUACGGUCAUCUUUAACCAGCGAUCAUCAUCGUGGAGCGAUCCCCGGCCGAGAGGGAGUCGCGUGCGACGAGAGCCUCGCUACGUGCGAGCGAGAAGACGCCGAGGAGCAGCGACGGGCUGCUCGACCAAGGAAGAAUGGUUUCGAGAUAUGGCGUCUCGAAGGAGGGCACAGUGGGUGUCGCCGUCGGUACCUUAGCACCUAUGCAUUGUCUGCUGCCGCACUGUGGCGGUCCUCAUCAUCCCCAUCAUCUCACGGCCUCGCAUCCCGGUCAGAAUCCGCAGCCAGGUCAUAAUCACCAUGUGCAUCCCGGCCAUCAGCCUCAGCCACCGCCGUCGCCGAGUCCCCACCUUAAUCAACUCACGCAUCCUCCUCAGCUCACCGUCAACAUCAGCCAUCAUCUCAACCAUCAUCAUCAUCAACACCAGCAUCAUCAGCAACAGCAGCAACAAUCCCAGCAACAACAGCAGCAGCAACAAACGCAAAUGCCGCCCCAAUAUCGAGUCACUUCGAAUAGAUCGGAGUUUCAUGGAAAUUACAGCGCCCAACCAGGGGGCCAGGUGGGUGGAAGUGCAGCGAGUAAUGUAGGAGUACCUACGGGUAGAGGGCCGCCGCCGCUGGGCGGUAUACAGUCGAUAGGACAAUCCGCAGCGGGUAUACCGUCGGGAGGUCCCGCCGGAGGGCAAGCACCUUCGCAAGCACCGACACCGGGAGUGCAAUCACAACCGCCGCAAGGUCCGGCACCUACCACGACACCGCCUGUCCAUACACCGUCACCUCAGGAAAUGGGAAAGCAGGCCCAUUUACAGACGCAACCGGCGUCUUUACAACAAGUUUAUGUGCCGGCGCAGAAUAGGGCGGCGUCUCAGGGCUAUUAUCAAACGGGUCCAAGGCCGCAACAACCGCGUGGUAUUAAUCAUAGAGGUGGCCAGAGCGCUAGUGGAACACCAGUAGUCGGGAUGACUGGAGUAGGUGGAGGCGGAGGGCAACCGCCUGCGUUAUAUCCACAUCAUGGUUUACCGGUGCAGGCUGGUGCGAUGUAUAUAAGUCAGAGUCAAGUCCACGGGCUUCAUACGGGACCUCAUCAACAAUCGGUGUAUCCCAUGAAUAAUCAAAUACAUCAGAUUCAUCAGUUUUCUGGUCCACCACAAAGGCAUCAGCCACAUCAAAAUCCGUCGUUUUAUCAUCCGUCGUUUUCACCUCAAAUUAUAACGCAACCAGCCCCUAUGUUUGGACAUUAUGCGGCCGCCCCUCAGCACGGCUAUUAUUACGCAACGUCAAAUACAAUGAAUUUGGGUAGGCCGAGUACAAGUGCAGUCAGCGGUGGAGCGCAACAUGUUACAAAUCCACUGGCCAGUGCUCAAGGUGCUCCAGUUGUACCACAAGGUACGCUUCAGCAACCUACUCAAACAGCUCAACCUCUGCCUACAAUGGGUAUACCUCUCCAGCAAGCUGGUUGGAAUUCUAACUUUAAUUCUUUAGACGUGUACGCGGGACAUAAUGGUGGUGCGACAAAUGCUAACAGUGCUACUAGGUCUCGGAAACCUAGAGGACAGAACGCCAUUUUGGACAUAGUAAAUCCAAUAACGGGCAAAAAUAUAAGCGACGAAAUUUAUAAGGAUAACGAAACUACGCAAAGUGGUGAAUCCAGUAAUCGUGAAACGCCACAACCACAGAAUAAUGGUGCGGAGGUGAUAGCCGAUUUCGCGGCUCGCGUCGCGAAAGCCGCGACCGAGGAGUCGGACUCGGUAUCGACGAGCGCGCCCGAAACGGCGCCUAACACAACUCAAACAACGGCGCAAACGUCGUUAUCGAACGUUCAUAAUACCAAUUCCGCUAAUGACGCGAAUAGUCAAUGUAAUACUGGUCCGCCUAUGCCCACGCAAAGCAUAGCCGGCGCUGGCGCUGGCAAAACUGUAUCUACGAUAGGUAGUCAAUUGCUAGGUACUAGUAGUAAUGUGGGGCAAAUAGAACCCAACACGGCCAAAACGACGGAGUCGAAAGCGUUGCAACUCCCCGUGAAGGAGUUCCAGCCUAGGAGCGAAGUAAAGAGCGUGACGAUCGAGGAAUCGCCCGUCGUUCCCUCGGUGGUAGCCGUCGCGAAUAAAGAUCCUGUUUCCGUGCAGCUUACCGCGCCGACUGCUAACACUGAAACAGCGACAGUGACGGCUGAGAUCACCGAACCCGAGGCCGUCGGGUCCGCGGCUGCUGGAGUCGGCAUUGGACCAGAGCCUACUAAGCCUGUCAACGCUUCCUCGUCCAAUGUAAUACAGGCAUCGAUCGCUCCGUAUUGGAGUAACGUUAAUCCUACCCAGGAACUCCCGAAACCGUCCGCCACUGCCUCGAGUGCUAAUCUCGUUCCUACCAGGGAUCCAUUCCCUAACUUAUCCAAGGCUACGUCGAAUUCACCGCCGAGGAGGAAACUUAACGCCACCGAGCUGCCUUCGAAUACCAAAGAGCAAAAGGAGAGAAAGACCCGGGAGAAGAGUCUCGGCUCUCGCGGUACCACUCCUACGCCCGUUCAAGCGGCGGAGCAUCACCAUCAUCAUCAAAAGGCGAACGGCGACGCAGCCGGCGACAAAACCGAAACGGAGGCGCAUCCCAGAAAUGAGAUUCAGCAGAAAUCCACGGACGGUAAAGCUAUGCAGAAGCAAAAGAGCAAAAAUAAAUUGAAACCUCGCGAGCUGAACCGGAAGGGAGCGGAGAAAGAAGGCACGGAUAUGGAUGCCUUCGUAAAUAAUACCGUAUCGACGGCAAAAACGACAGAACCCAAGCAAGACAACAAGGAGCAACAUGUUCCGGCCCCGAGAGACAGUAAUAAGGAGCCCGCUAGAGAGAUCAGCAAAGAUAUCAAGGAGAAGGACAAUUAUGAAUCCAAGAAGGAGAUUCUGCCUGUUCACUCCGUAAAAGCUGAGAAACUCGCGCCUGCCGAGGUGCCUAAGGAAAGCGCUCCCGUACAAAUGCUGCCUCAAAGUGUAGACAAAUUGUCGACUAGCAAAGAAUCUUCCCCGAAAAAGGAAGAUAACGUCAAAUCGAACACACAGUUCGAUGAUGUAGUCGACCAUGCGUUUAUCGAGGAGAACGCGGAAUCAGUGGAACCGGUGGUCUUGGAUCCGUUGGUCGCGCAGAAAAAUGAAGAGAACUUCAAGGCCUCGGCAUUCCACGCGUCAAAUGAUGAAAAGCCGGCAACGAUAGUAACACCAACGAUUACGGAGAAGAAACAGCAAGAAGUCAAGACUCCUAGCAGUAACGCGUCUCCGAACGAAGUUUCCGCCACGCCCAGACAGCCGUCGCUCAAAUAUGACUAUAAAAAGGACCAAUGGAGUCCCACAAAUUUAAGCGGCAAGAAGAUCUAUGACCGCGAUUUUUUAAUGAAGCUUCAAUUUGAGCCCAACAGCCGGAUCAAGCCGCCUAACCUCCCUAAUUUACAAGCCGUUCUGAAGGAUAGUUUACAGAAUGCGCAUAAUUCCGUGGAUUUGAGAGCGUUUAAGGAUGCAAACAUGACCAGGCAUGACUCAUUGAUGCCAGGAUUUGCGAAAGCAAAUAUGAGCACGCGACCGCCACCAACAAGUCGUAAGAGCGAUCGGGGCAAACCAAAGCCAAACAAACCAAAUGUUAUUCACGUUUCUUUAUCGCUCAGAGAAGACGUGAAACUGAGAGAAGCGGAAAAUGCGUGGAGACCGACCAGAUUAAAUCCAACCAAUCUCACUGAAGAGCAGACAAAGACAGAAGCUCUCUACAAGAAAGUACGAAGUGUAUUGAAUAAGCUCACUCCACAAAAGUUCAACACGUUAGUUGAACAGGUUCGGAGUUUAGAGAUUGAUACACCGGAGCGUCUGCAAGGAGUCAUCAACUUAGUUUUUGAAAAAGCUGUCGAUGAACCCAGCUUCUCCGUGGAAUAUGCGUUAAUGUGCAAAGAAUUGGGUAUGAUGGAAGUUGCGGGAUCCAAUAAUCAGGAUAGUUCCGUCAACUUUAAGAAACUCAUUAUCACACGUUGCCAAAAAGAGUUUGAGAAAAAUCCGAUUGACGAUGUCGAGAGGAAAAGGAAACUCAAGGAAAUCGAAGAAAUCACGGAUCCUGAGAAGAAAAAGAUGAUGCUCUUGGAAUUUGAAGAGGAAGAACGUCGUGUACGUGUAAAAUCCGUAGGAAAUAUUCGGUUUAUUGGAGAAUUAUACAAACAACAAAUUUUGACUAGUAAAAUCAUGCACCGCUGUAUCCGUCAUUUAUUAGAUCAGAAUGAUGAGGAUAAUUUGGAGUGCUUAUGCAAGUUGCUAACAACUAUUGGUAAAGACUUGGAAUCGAAAUCAUCACCCAACAAUGCUAAUGACGACAUGCAAGAAUAUUUUAAUAGAAUGCAAGAAAUUGUUACCCGAAGCGCACAGAAUAAAGAAGGACCGGGAAAUGUAAAAAUUAGUUCGAGGAUCCGUUUUAUGCUUCAAGAUGUUAUAGAUUUAAGAGCAAACAAAUGGAUUCCGAGAAGAAAUGAGAACAAUCCCAAAACAAUAGAUGAAAUUCAAAAAGAAGCAGAAUCCGAAAGACUAGAUAUGCAAGUCAAUAGCACUUCGUUAAACCCAUCACGAAAAGAUGAUCGUAAUAAUGACAGGAAAAGAAAUCGUGGACCAGGUGGUGGACCUAGUGAUGAUGGUUGGAGUCAACCAGUAGGAAGAGUAAGACCCGCGACAUAUUCGGUGGAAACGGCAAAAUUGAAAAUUAAAACUCCACCGAUGGACGAUAUGCAACUUGGCAACAGGGCAUCUUAUCUAUGGAGAUCCCGGCUGGAGAUCCCGUCCAAUUCCAAUUCCAAGACAAUAACAAACACAAAUAAAUUUGCCUGCUUGGACAAUAUGCCGAAUUUGGACCAAGAUAAAAAGAUGCCACCAUUACCACUCUCUGGGUCAAGAUCAACAGGUCCAAGGGAAAGUAGUCGCGACUAUAGAUCUUAUGACGGUAGGAAUUCUCGGAACGGCACUCAUCAGUCAAGCAUGGCAGGACCGAGUAGAGAAAGUCAUUCAUUACUUGACAACUCGCAAAACCGAAAUGUGUCCAUGCUUCCGCCUGUAUUAAAAUCCGCAUCAGAAUCUGGCGCAAUUAGCCGUAAGCCUUCGAUGUCGGAAGAAGAAUUCGUAAAAACUCACAACUCCAUAAUAAGUCAUUACUUUGAAGAACAAAUUGUAGAAAACACGGUACUAGAAAUCCAGCAAAAGUUCGAUAAUGCAACAUUCGUCAAGUUUACCCGCGAAUGUAUUAAUUACGUUUUGGAAAAAUCAUCUAUCGAACGAGAGUUGAUCUCCAAACUUUUAUCCCAUCUGCUUAGACGAAAUAUUCUGCAUGUAGAAUGCUUCAAGAGCGGAUUGGAAGAAGUGUUGGAAAUAGUGGACGAUCUAGUUAUCGAUAUACCGAAAAUCUGGACAUACCUAGCGGAAAUAUUAUCGCAUCCUAUUCAAGACGAAGCCGUUUCUCUGUAUCAAAUGAAGAGCAUAUUUGUAAGCUUGAGAAACAAAAGCAGAGAAUCAAAGAAUCAGAGCUUCGUAGGAAAAUUUAUCGGCGAACUUCUAACAAAAGUAUCUCACAACAAAGGGGGUAGAUGGGUCGCCGAUAAAUGGGAUCAAGCUGGACUUAAACUGAAUAGCUUGAUUAACCCAGAGGAUGUCGAAAAGAUCACCACGGAAUACAAUUUGGAGUUCCUAUCUGGUGAUUAUAAUAGUGCCAAAGGGUCCGCUACAACUGAUCAGCUCUCAUUAGAACAGGUUCAAGAAAAUCUUACAAGACUUAUGAAAGAAAAUACUUCGUUCGAUGAAAUUUGCAGUUGGAUAACUGCAAAUGUUGGUAAUAGAGAUAAGGAUCCCAAAUUUAUAAGACAUUUAAUGACUGCCAUUUUAGAAACUACAUUAGAACGACAUCACGGUACGUGGAAACUAAAUCUGGAUACUUUUGCGAGUUUGCAAACUUUGAUUCAACGAUACGUCGAUGCGAACGAAUUAUUAGAAUUGCAAUGUCUUUAUGCAAUUCAAAGAUAUAUUAAGAAAAUCGAGUUUCCACCAGGCACUCUCGUUCCCAUUAUGAAUCGAUUAUGGAUGGACAAUGUGAUAUCCAGUGACGCGUUUCUGACGUGGCAUAAAAAGACUCCGGAAGGAGCAGAUGUCGAAGGUCAUAGCGUUUCAAUUGUCGCACUUACGUCGUUUUUCACUGACUUGCAAGAACCCGACGAUAAUUCUAGUGUCGAAGAAUUAUCAACUAGUGCGAAUCAGGACUGUUGACGAUAUUGUGAUCGAUUACAUUAUCGUCUAUUAAAAAGACUCAAAUACGCGUUUCCUCGUUAAAAAGAAAAAUACAAUGCUCGAAAUCAAAUUGCAGUUGUUUUUUUUCUUUUUCAUAACAAAACUAUUAAAAUGCAGAAACGCGUUUCCUAAAUAAUGAAAAAACAAUAUAAUAAAUAAUAAUGAAGUGACACACGUGAAAAUGUAUGUAAUAUAAUCUAUAACUCUUUACAACUCUCUACCAACAACUAAAGAGUGAGAAAACUCUGACAAAAACAAACAGCUGUAUAUGAAAUAACCGCGAGAUGAAGAUAAAGUUUAACUAUUAAUUAUUACAGAACUCUAUAUAUGCAAAAUAAUUAUUAUAUAUAAUUCAAUAAAAUGGUUCAAAGUUUAAAUAAAGCAAAAAAAUGACUCGAAAAAAUAAUAUCGUGUUUCUUAUGUAAAAUAUCUCUGCUGCGACGUAGGUCGGCUCAAUAGAACCGGAAUACGCGUCUUUUUUCCAUGCUUGGAAUCGGGACUUUCAACA